AUGAGGAUACCGGGACAGCCUGAGGACACAAGGAGGCGUCUGGAUUUAAAUGCAGCGGGUGAGGUCAGGUGUGUGGAGGUUAUCCGUGGACGGACUGGAUAUGGCUUCACUAUUGCAGGACAGAGGCCGUGUCUGCUGAGUGGCAUCCUGGAAGGAAGCCCUGCUGAUCUGGUAGGACUCAGACAAGAAGAUCGCAUCAUGGCCAUCAAUGGAACUGACGUGUCCACUGCUUCACACGAGGCUGUGGUGCAGUUGAUCGGCACCUGCAACGGACCUUUGCAUUUGGUGGUGCAUACUGUAGGUCGAAUGACGGGAGACCCCAUCCUUUAUGAUGCAAAAUGUGGGUUUGGGCGGAGAAGUGGUGUUUUCCAAAAUGCAGGUGUUCUCAGGACUGUCUCACAUGAUUCAAGCAAACCCUCCUUAAACUCUGCUCAAACUGCCAUCACCAAACAGAGGCCCGUGUCGGAGCCUGAUCUGUCACAGUGGUCACAACAGUGGAGUGUUUUAGCUGAGCAGCCAAAGAAGGAAGCUUCCACUUUGGGGGACACAGACUCUGUUUUUACAGACACAGAAGAGGCUCAUCCAGACUGGGGGAUUUUAAACAUGACCUUGGUUGUGGGCUACCUGAGCUCCACAGAGCUGAUUUUAAACACUACUGAAUCAGAGGAUGACUGUUUCAAAGCCAUUAGGGAGACAAUACGACAGUUGGGUACGGAGCAGAAUACCCAUACUCUAGUCAUGAUGAAGAUCAUGUUUAAUUGCAUACGACUUUGUGAUGAUGUAGGAGCUGUUUUGGCAGCAUUUCCUGCUGAGAACCUUGUCUUAGGGGCUGUGUGUGCUGAAGACCCUCGUUUUUUUUGCCUGGUCACCACAGCACAUAUUAUCAAUGGCCGUGUACCAGACAAUGGUCCACUGCGAGCCUCCUGUCAUGUAUUUUUUAUGGACCCAGAGCUAGGAAACCAUGAGAACCAUGUAGGAAUUGCUGGUCGUUUUGGCUUUGUUUGCUCUCCGGAUCCAGAUGCCGCAGGCUGCCUGGAAUUCCCUCAAACUCCACUAGAUGUUCUGCACUUUGUAACAGUCCUGUACAGUGACAUGGGAGAAGCUGUGGAGAGGCUUAGAGUUAAACUAGACACAGAAACUCAGCAGCAAGCCAAAGAGAGCGACAGAACCGUCAAACAAGGUAGUGCCAGCAGCAAUGGCGACAGUGGGAUUGGAAAUGCUUCUCCGCUUGAGGAGAGAGCAGACAGGGAUUUCCCUUCUGCAAUCCGAAACCAUGCUGGGGCCCACCUCCCCAGCUGUCCAUGGGAUUAUCCUCUGCCUGUUGACCUCACCCCAAUAAACCUCCCCAAGAAUGGCCAAAAACCUAAUCUGGAAAACAGUGCCUCUACACAUUCUCUUUCAGAGUCACUACCUGGCCCAGAUUCUUUAACCAGGUUUUAUGGCGGUCCCCCACCCAGGCUAGAGUUCCAGUUUAAGCCCCCACCAUCUCCUCUGCCUUUGAGUAGAAAAAAAAACUUAUUUGGAGAUCCUCUCCGAGGUAGCCAAAAGUGGUUCUCAAAGCCAAAGUGGCCUAAAGUCCAAAGCAGUGAUCCUGAACCUCCAGAAGCGUCCACCAACUGGUCCUUCAAUGCUAACCGUAGCGCCAGCACAAAUAACCUGCCUCCUCCGAUGAGCCAGAUACCUUCAGACAGGUACCGGUCAGCGGAGGUCCUGAUGCUUCCUCCCAGGGAAGAAUGGACCAAAAGGUUUCUUGAACAGAGGCAGAAACACCGCAAGGAUGGGAGUACUAAACAUGGAUCCAGGUUUUGGGGUGUUGUCCGCUCCUCCAAACCUCGCUCUGCUAAACGUCUCAGCCUUGCACGAUCACUGGAUGACCUUGAGUCUGCUGCUUCCUCUGAUGGCGACUAUAGUGGAAUCCAGCUGCAGGGAUGCUGCAGUCAGAGCAGCCUAAACAGUAAUGGCAGUCUACCGGGAACAGGCAGCCAUCGAGGGGUUCCAGAGCAACGUGUGGCGAGCUGGGCAGCCUGCUUCGAGCGUCUCCUCCAGGAUCCUGUGGGCGUGCGUUACUUCUCGGAAUUUCUUAAGAAAGAAUUCAGUGAGGAGAAUAUCUUGUUCUGGCAGGCCUGUGAAUACUUCAGUCAUGUCCCUGCAACUGAUAAAAAGCAGCUGUCCCAGAGAGCAGGAGAGAUUUACAACAGCUUUCUGUCCAGCAAGGCCACCAUGCCAGUUAACAUUGACAGCCAAGCCCAGCUGGCUGAUGACGUCCUCACCUCCCCAAGGCCUGACAUGUUCAAGACCCAGCAGCUACAGAUCUUCAACUUGAUGAAGUUUGACAGCUAUUCCCGAUUCCUCAAGUCCUCCCUUUACCAGGAGUGUAUGCGCGCUGAGGUGGAUGGUCAGCCCUUGCCGGACCCCUACCAAAUCCCCUGCAGUCCUGCGCCCUCAAAACACAGCGCUAGCUCUGACCGCUCCACCCUCUCCACUCCGAAAAAGGAAGCCAGAAAGCAGCGGUCAGGGAGAUCACUGAACGAGGACAGCAGGGAUGAGAGCGCAGACAAGAAACGUGGCAUCUUCUUCUCGUGGUCCCGCAACAGGAGCUUUGGGAAAGGUCCAAAGAAGAAGGAGAUUGGAGACAUUAACCUCGAUUACUGGGGAAGUAAUGGGAGGAGGGAGUCCCAGGGCUCCUUGUCGUCCGGCACCAGUCUGGAGAUGGCCACUUCCUGCUCUGCUGGCAAGAUUGAGACCGAUAAUCGUCACUCAGUCGGUGUGUGGGAACGUUCACCCAAACAUUGUAGCGUGCUGCUGCCCGACGGUUCCUGUUCUUCUAUCACCCUUCGGCCCAGUGCCUCCAUUAGAGAAGUUCUCCAUGAUCUCUGUCACAGCAUUAGUGUCAACAUCGCUGCCGUCGACCUUUUUCUGGUGGGAGGAGAAAAGCCUUUAGUGUUGGACCAAGACUGCAUGACGCUCAGCUCACGAGACCUGAGACUGGAGAAGCGUACCCUGUUUAGAUUGGACCUGGUACCCAUUAACCGCUCUGUGGGGCUGAAAGCCAAGCCUACCAAACCAGUCACUGAGGUCCUGCGUCCCGUGGUGGCCAAAUAUGGUCUCCACCUCAGUGAUCUUGUGGCCAAAAUAAGUGGAGAGACUCAGCCUUUGGAUCUGGGUGCCCCCAUAUCGAGUCUGGAUGGCCUACGAGUUGUGUUGGAGCGAUCAGAUCCAUCCUCAGGGAAAGACAAAUCAAAGUCUUCCUCCCUAAAAAACCACCCUCCAACCCGGAGUUUUUCUGCAGCAGGAGAUGAGAGGUCAACACCAAAGGACUUUUCUGUGAGAACAAGUGGACCAGACUCAGCACUCCCAGGGGGAAACAGAAUACAGAAAAAGAUAAAUAUAGAUGAAGCUGAAGAAUUCUUUGAGCUGCUGAGCCGGGCACAGAGCACCCGAGCCAAUGACCAGCGUGGACUCCUCAACAAAGAAGAUCUGGUGCUUCCGGACUUCCUUCGCCUGACGUCCCCCACUUCCUCCUGCUCUGUCUCCUCUGAUCUCGCCUCCACCCCUGACUCUCUGAAACAGGGCCGAGAGAACGGCAUGUCCUCACGGGGUCCCUUCAUCUCCAGCCUACGUUCGGAGAGCCUGGACUCCUCGCUCAGCUCCAGUGCCAAUGGACACUCGGGGGUGAGGCGGUGCCUGCUGCCCCCUCCUCGCCACCCAACUUUUGGCACCCACUUGUCCCCUAUCCCCCGGCCCUCAGACACACGGCCAAGCCUCUGCACUGUGGAGGAGGACGCCCACGCCGACCUGACGCUUGUGGGUGAAGGCGAUAUCAGCAGCCCCAACAGCACUCUGCUGCCUCCUUCACCGUCCCCCAUGCCGUCCUUCGAGAACAGCCUGCCUGAAGCCAAUUUCACUCCACCACCCCCCUGCUCCCGGCCUCAAGGUGGCGAGGAAAAGUCCAGUUCAGGUAUUUCUGAAGUAGCCGAAACAUCCCCCAUCGCCAAACCACCAGCCAACCAAGCCAACGCUGCGCCGAUGAUUCCAGAGGUGAUGGAUGUUGAGGGAGUUCAUCUAGAAGAGGGGAGACUGGAAACGUCCCAGGGAGAGGAGUCCGAGCUGAGCCUGAGUUUCCAGGGCUACGUCGCUGAGCUGCGACAGUGCCAGAGCAAAAUGAGGAACGCCACGAUGCCCCAGAACGGCCACAACCCGCCGGACGGCAAGGACUGCAAGACAGACCUUUACAAGGCCACAAUUGUCUAG